GAUCCCCCGUGCAUCCGGCACCGUAAAUAAAGAAUGCCUGCCUUUUAACACUACGUUGGUGUUACGAGGUUCAUUCCCGAUUUCGGUGACACAUCCGCCUCUGUGAGACCAUACAGCAUCCACAGAAUCACAGAAUGCUUUGGGUUGGAAGGGACCUUUAGAGGCCACCUAUUCCAACCCACUGCAGUGAGCGGACACCUUUAAGUCGAUCAUCACUCAAGGAAUAGCAGCACACGCGUUCCUGUUAACCAGAAGGUGAGAAUGCCAUGGCAACACCGCAUUUCGGCGGCGCGGCUAUAAAGGAGGGGAACAUCACAACCCCACCGGCCCGCUGCGGGCACGGCAGAGAGCCGCCAUGUGGACCGUUCUUCACCAGGAGGUGUUUGCGGGCCUCCCCCAGGACCGGUCCUUCAGCGGCGGCGGCGGUACAUCCACCUGGCUCCGGAGAGGGGCUGACUGAGCGCGGCCCCGCCGCCCUUCCUCAAAAUGGCGGCAGGUAGCGGAGACGGGGCGGCAGGAAGUGACGCCACGCCGCGCGGCCGUCCCGGCGCGGAGCGAAGGGCCCGUGGCCGCCGGUGGAGCGGGGAGGACCGCUCUGGGACGCCGUCUCUACUGCGGCGGCGGACUCUGGGGCGCUUCUCGGGGCUGGCCCGCGGGUGAGGGGAGCCGGGAGCGCAAUCCUCCCGUUGAGGAGCCGGACAGGGAGCGGGCCGGGUCGCCAUGACCCGGUGGGCUCGGCGGAGCGUCGCCGCCAGCGGCAGGGCGCUGGAUGCCACCCCCUGGGCGGAGAUGGCGGCCGGCCCCGAGGUGCGGGAGGGCCGCACGGGCCCUCUCUCCGUGAAGAAGGAGCCGGAGAAGAGGAAGAAGAAGAACAAGAAGAAGAAGGAGUACCUGAGCGAGGACGUUAACGGGUUCGCGGCGCACCUGAGGGAGAGCUCGGAGCGCGGCGAGGCGGGCGGCGCGGCGCCGCGGGAGGAGAUGGCGGCAGCCCUGAGGAAGGAGAGGCGGCGGGAGGACCGGCGGCUGAAGAGGCAGGAGAUGAAGAAAAACGCCAUGGUAUGUUUCCACUGUAGAGAACCUGGCCAUGGUGUCGCUGAUUGCCCUGCAGUACUUGAAAGUCAAGAUAUGGGCACAGGAAUCUGUUACCGGUGCGGAUCCACGGAACAUGACAUCAGCAAAUGCAAGGCAAAAGUAGAUCCAGCUGUUGGGGCGUUUCCGUAUGCAAAAUGUUUCAUCUGUGGUGAGAUGGGGCAUCUGUCAAGGUCAUGUCCAGAUAAUCCCAAAGGAUUGUAUGCUGAAGGUGGUGGCUGCAGACUUUGUGGCUCUGUGGAGCACUUCAGAAAAGACUGUCCGGAAAAACAGAAUGCGGACCAGGUUACAGUCGGGCGAUGGGCCACUGGAAUGAGUGCAGAUUAUGAAGAAAUUACAGAAACACCAAAGCUGCAAAAACCAAAAGCAAAAGUACCUAAAGUUGUUACUUUUUGAAGGCCUCUUGGUUCUAGAGCGCAGUCAGCUGCAUUGCUUCACUCCAGAGAAGUGACUGCGCAGAAUCGAUUGCUGGUUCUGGAAAAUCAAGCAGACUGCUGCUGCUAAAUUAUGUUUUUUUGUCCCCCUUCGUUUUUCCAGUUAGCCUCCCAGGCGCCCCUAGCUUGCUGAAAAGCUGGGAACAACAGAAAUACAGAAAGUGGGUAUUUUUUAAAUUUUUAUAUCUUUCCGCUGAUACACAGCAUUCCCUCUCACUGCCAGCUCUCUGAAGGAGGAAAUUGGCUUCCUGCAACAGGGAUCUGGUUGCAGUAACCAAACAGUGUAUGUGCAUUUUAUCAUGGGGGUCUGUGACUGCUGGAUUUUGGCGGUCAGUAUUGUUACCCUAAGAGCGCUGCUUUUACUUAUCAGAGAUGGACACAAUCAUGCUGGUCUUAAUAAGACUAUUUCUACACCUCUCUGAAAGGCUCUGUGGGUAUUUUCUAAAGUCUUUUGUUGUGUUCUGGUUUGGUUUUGUCUUCUGCUUUUAGAAAUAAUAAUUUCUUGCACUGUAUGUGGAAGGUUGAGCAGCCUUGUGGUGAAGUUACCAGGUAAACCCUACAGCUGCUAGAGUUUGGGGGUGCAAUUGCUGCUUCUCAGCUAAAUAUGUACGUGCACUAACCCGAUUCUUUAUUUCUUCACUAAUAGAAAUGGAAUCAUGCCCUUCCUCUGAUACCUAUGGUGAAAUAUACCUGAAAAGAGUUGGAAAGCAAGUGAGCAGCUUGCUUUUAUUUUCUUUACUUUUACCAAGGAAAGCGCUCCAAAAUCUUGGGUGUUUCUAUCCUUUGGUGGGCUGGGAGUAAACUUUGCUUUGUAUUACAAAUGCCUGCUUAGUGGCAGAUUCCUUUAUUUUUAAAUGAAGACUGCAGCCUGAAAAACUGCAGCCUUAGAAAAACUGAUACAUACCACAAAAAGUUACAAAACCAACCCGAAAUGUAGUUCCUGCAGUAUCUCUCCAGGCACUAGUAAUUUGGCCUACGCAGCCAGUGGGGGGUAGGCGCUCUCUCACUUGCAUCUGAUCGCCUCACUCAAGAUGAACAUGGAAGCACGAUGUCGCUGCAGAAGCGCACCCCAGGCCCGUCUCGCACGUGGCACUUCAUUCCAAACGGGUGCCUUGGCACAGUUUGGGUAGCACGGGCAGGUGCCGUGCAGGGUCAGGGCCCCUGCGCAGUGCUCCGCUGCGCUCUGCGGGCAGGCACCUGCCACAUCGGGCUGCUUGUGCCUCGGACAAAUAGGGUACUUCAGAGUCCCAGAGAUCUUAAAUGUGCUUUCCAAAAACUUCAUCUUCUGUUACACAGCAGUACGCAACAGUCCUCAAGGGGAAGCUACACAGUAGCAAAGCUAAAGCUUCUAAAGAAUUAACUUGUCCUUUGAAGAAGAGUGUCCUGAUGGUCAGUACAUUGCCUUGGAGAGAAGACAGAAGGAGCACCAGAUAGCAGACGAGCUCAGGACUGGUGCUUAGGGCCAGCAGCUGAAACUAUGAAUUUGGAACAUUCUUUUCUUACAGCAGAAAACAAAUACAGGAAUUCAAUUGCAUGGAUAAAUUUUAUAUUUAUAUUUAUAGAUCUUAAUUAUUUUUAAUAAAACAAUGCUAAAAAAUAGAA